CUUUAAAAAAAAAACCAACAGCAACAACAAAACAAGAGACCACAAAAUUGGAUGGAAUCAUAGGCCGCUAGGGGGGUGUGAGUAUGAAUGGAAAAGAGAAGUUGCCAUAAACAAGUCUUGGGAUAUUACAGUGUUAAGAGGUUGAUAUUACAAGGAAGACCAAGAAGAAAUAGCCAGUGAUGUGGGUGGAUAAGGAAGUUCUAGUGUGUUCGAAAAGGGAGACGGGCAUUAUGUUCCCAGGCUAAAAGGAUCAACUGCACCAGGUGCUACAGAUCUGUACCAUGACCACUAGUGACCUUGGGCAGCUCAGUUUGACGGACAGCAGGAUAUAUGCAUCCUCAGUGGCAGUGUGGGAAGCAGAACUUAGGAGCGAACAGGAAAGAAGAAAAGGGAGACGGUGUGUGUGACUCCUGGUAUUGUGCUGAGCAGAGAGCAGCUGCAGGUAGUUAGGCUUGGAUUCGCAGAAAGGUCUUGUUUUGUUUUUAAGAUGGAGGAACAACAGCAUGUGUUUCUGCUGAUGGAAAGAAUUCAAUUGCCAGAAAGACUGGUGAUAUAGGAUCAAGGAGAAAGGCUGGAAUUGAGUUCCUGAGCAGGCAAGGGGGUUCAGAGGCUGACAACAGUCUGUUUCUGGGGAGAGAGAGUGGAUUGCACUGAGCCUUGGCACAGAGUCAGGGAUGAGUUCUCUGGCAGUGGCCUUGGAUGCCCACUGGGAAAGAUACCUCAGAUAGUUGACAGGCCAGGGGCUGGUUUGAAUGUUCUGGUUUUCCUCUGCUUCCCAAAAGCAGAUUCUAAUUCCAUCCUGAACCGGUGAUCAAUGGGAGAGAGAGAGAGUACUUCAUGUGGGGACUGGCCUGAAUAAGUGCACUCAUUCAAACUGUUUGAUUACCAGUGGGCAGGAGGAUGUAAAUUGACUACGCAGAGGGGGAGAGGUCAACAGUCUGGGAAGUUGGCACGACAGAGCUGGAUGUGACCCUCAGGAGAGAAUGGUGCUGGACUCGGGGACUCAGGUGUAUGAGCAGGCACCCCCCAGCCCACCUACCGGUUCCCCAUCUCAGCACCAUAAGCUGAAGCCCUCAGACCGAAAUGGGCCACCCCUGUACCCCUGGCCUCAGUCCCUGGCUAUGCCCUUGGCUCUGGCAGUUCCCUCAGCACUGCAGCAGCAGACUAUGUGGCAGACCUUCUCAAAGCUUCACUUGGAACAGCGUAGCCACAUGCGGCGCAGCGAGAGCACCUACAGUGUAAAUAGUACUGGCCGGCGGGGGCGUGGCAAAACCCCACUUGCACGGGGAUGUGGUCCAGGUGGAGGGACCCUACGCCCUGCAGCCUCCUUACCUCACAUUGCUAAGAUUCGAAAAGAUGCAGGCAGUAGUUGCAACAAGAGCCCUUGUAUGUUGGUGGCCCUGCGGCCAACUAACAUGGACCAGGAACGGGAAAAAUUCUUCCAGUCUCAUUAUACCUACAACCCACAGUUCGAGUAUCAGGAACCGAUGCCAAUGAGUGUGCUGGAGAAGUACCAGGAGGCCUCUGCGCAGUUCAUGCAUCAGGCAGUUGGCAUCAUUGAGGCUGUCCUGGAGAAGUUUGGCACUUAUGAAAACUUUGAGGCUGCCACAGGGGGCCAGCUGCUGACCAAGUGCCAAAUUUGGUCCAUUGUGCGCAAAUACAUGCAGAAGGAGGGUUGUGUUGGCGAGGUUGUGGUGCAGCUGAGUGAAGACCUGCUGUCCCAGGCAGUGAUGAUGGUGGAGAACAGCCGACACACAUUGGCCAUCAACUUGACUGGAGCCCGCCAGUAUUGGUUGGAGGGCAUGCUGCGGCACGAGAUAGGUACCCACUACCUGCGUGGUGUGAAUAAUUCGCGGCAACCAUGGCACAGCACUGAAGGCAGACUGCAGUACGGUCUUCGGCCAGCCAACCCCACUGAGGAGGGCCUGGCCAGCCUGCAUAGUGUGCUGUUUCGAAAGCAACCAUUCCUGUGGCGUGCCGCCCUGCUCUACUACACAAUCCACCAGGCGGCGCACAUGUCCUUCCGCCAGCUCUUUCAGGAUCUGGCGCAAUACGUUCAGGACGAGGAUGUACGCUGGGAGUACUGUGUCCGUGCCAAGCGAGGACAGACGGAUACCUCCCAGCCAGGCUGCUUCAGCAAGGACCAGGUGUACCUGGAUGGCAUUUUGCGCCUCCUGCGGCACCGGCACGCCAUCGAUUUCCAGCUACUGACCUCGCUGGGCAAGGUCUCCUAUGAAGAUGUGGAACAACUGCGGCCCCAUGGGGUACUAGAUAAUACCAGAGUACCCCACUUCAUGAAGGACUUGGAACGUUACCGGCAGCAGCUGGAACACAUCAUGACCACCAACCGGCUAGAUGAAGCGGAGCUGGGCCGCCUGCUGCCAGAUUGAUGUUGGCUAAGAGUUAUAGACAGAAGCUCUUGACAGAGAUCUCAGAUCAGAAUAUGAAGUUCUUUAUGGUUCUAUAGCCUAGGUGUUUCUUGGGGGGGGCAUUUGGGAGGUCAGGAGCAUCUUGGGAAGAUGAGAAAAGAUGUCAGAAGGCUUGCUAGCCUUCCUGGGGCCUGUGAACUAGCAGCAGCAUGUCGCAUAAACCCCUGAACAGGGGAGAUGGGGGGACAGGACGGGAGCUGAGUGUGAAUAGAAAUGUGGGUUGGUUUGGGAAUAGAAACUUGUUCCUGCAUGAGAUGGCUUUGGGUGUCUGGUACCACUCUUCCCCUUCCUCCCACCUAGCCUAUUGGUGCUCCUCCUACAUUCAUACUCUCUACCUCUCACUGGGGCCUGCGGGAGUUGGGAUCCCCUCUGAGGUGACUUGCCUGAGCAUGGGGUUCUGGCUGUCACUCGGGCUCAAAGACCCAGCUGGGCUGGGCUUUGCCUUUCAGCAUUUUGUCUGUCUCAUGCAUUGUUCUAUAUUUGCCUCCAUGGGGCUGGGAGGCAGCAGCUCCUAGUAGUUCUGUGCAGGGGCAGGAUACUUUGGAGAGGUACCAUUUGUUCCUAGAUCCCUUUCUUAUCACACACACACACAGACACACUAUGUCUGUGUCUUGAGUGCAGCACCUGGCCCCACCCUUAGUCCCCACCUUAGUCUUGGUUGUGCCUGUCUUCGACCCGCAGCCUCACAGCUGGUCUCUGGCAGUGGUAAGUACAGGCGGGAACAACCAGAUCAAACCCGCAGGGCAGGCCCUAGGGUUUGUUAACUCAUGCUCGCUCAGGCUGGGAUUAGUACAGAGCUAGUUAAGGUUUUUGAUUUCGCGACAGCUGUGGGAGAUUGAGCCAGUACUGUCCCAACCCUGGCUUUUUUGUUUAAUUUUUCCAUCUGUGAAGCUUGGAAGUACAGCUGGGAAGUUCUUAUUUGUUUACUUGGUAGAUACGUACAGAGCUCCUUGUGUAUGUCUGUGACUGGUUAGACCCCCACACCCCACACUGAGCUCCCAGUUCAGAGGAAAGCCAGACAAUUAAACAGCGGUUACAAUGA